AUGGCGUUCGAAAAAUCAUGGCCAGAAUUCUCAUCGAGCAAUGGUCAGCAGUUCACAAAUACCUCAAUAGUCAUCGUCGGAGCCGGCAUUGGAGGCAUGUGCGUUGCCAUUGAUUUGAUCAAACGCAAUAACUGCCGAGACUUUGUGAUUUUGGAGCAGUCCUCCGGGGUCGGUGGGACAUGGUACGCGAACACGUAUCCUGGCUGCUCUGUCGACUUGCGGUCCAUUGUCUACAGCUACAGCUUUGCCCCCAAUAGCGAUUGUAGCCGAGAUUUCCCGGGCCAGAAAGAAAUCCUGUCUUACCUGACCCGGGUGGCGCAGGAGUACGGGCUCUACGAACACAUCCGGUUCUGUUCCACUGCCGAAUCCGCGACCUGGGAUGACGAGCUUAAGAAGUGGAACACGCGCGUGACGGUAGCCAAAGGCUCCAAAGAUGCCGAGGCUACCUCCAACUAUACCAUAUCUAGUGAUUUUUUUGUCAGCGCUGUGGGCCAGCUGAGUCAACCAAGAUGGCCGGAGAUCGAGGGUUUGGAUAGUUUCAAAGGGAAGGUGAUGCACAGCGCCGCAUGGGACUGGGCGUACGAUUUGGAAAAUAAGAGAAUUGCCGUUGUAGGAAGUGGUUGCAGUGCAGUGCAGAUUGUACCUGAGCUCGCAAAGGUGGCGGAGAAGGUGACGGUUUUCCAAAGAACACCUCACUGGAUCCUACCUCGUGGGGACUACGAGAUCUCAAAUUUGAGGAAAGCCCUUUACCGCUAUUUCUCUUUCUGGCAGAGGUACUGGCGCAGACGCUACGUGGACCUUAACGAAACGGAAUACGUCUCUAGCAACUUCCCCGAGCAUGAGGAAAACAAAAAGGUGCAAAAGAAAGCCCUGGACCACAUGCACGAGCAACUGCCCAAUCAGCCCGAGCUGUGGGAAAAGCUGACACCAAACUAUCCGGUUGGCUGUAAGCGGCUCGUUGUCACGAAUUUCUUUUUCCCAGCUCUGAACCUUCCCAAUGUCGAGCUUGAGGUGAGACCAAUUCACAGCAUCCAUGGCCAAUCUGUUCGUGUUGUUGGCACAGCAGGGCAGGUAGAGAAUGCGGACUCUGGCUACGAUCUCGUCGUCUUAGCAACCGGCUUUCGAGCCACUGACUUCCUACAUCCAAUGAAGAUAUUCGGCCGGAACGGUCGAGCCUUGCAUGAGAUGUGGAAGGACGGUGCUCAGGCCUACCUGGGCACAUGCGCCGACGACAUGCCGAAUUUUGGAAUCAUAAUGGGACCCAACACUGGCUUGCUCCAUAACAGUUUCCUCCUGAUAAUCGAGGCCCAAAGUAGAUAUAUCAACGGCUUGAUCAAUCCGGUGCUGCAAGCCCGAAUACAAGGAGGAGCACUGAGCCUGACACCGCGCCCGGAAAAAACCGAAGAGUACAAUAUGAUGCUGCAAAAUCGGCUCAAAGCCUUCGCCGCGAACAGCUCCCAAUGCGACAAUUGGUACAAGACUAAGUCAGGGCUAGUCACCAACCUUUGGCCGGGCAUGCUGCUGGAAUUUCAGAAGCUGAUGGAGCAAGUGGACUAUAGGGACUACGAAUCUGAAGGGUCUUCCAAAUACAUAGUACAAAAGCGACCUUUGUACAAGGUGGGCCGCGUUAUUGAAGAGGGUGGGCUUCUGGAGAAAAUCUCCCUGGCUAAAGUCGUAGUGCUUGGAGCAAGCGCGAUUGUUGGGGGACUUUUGACGCGCAGACUGGUCACAACAUUUGCAUGA